CCGGAAGUGACCUCCCAAUAUCCGGUAAACUUGACGCAUGGGUUUGUCCGUUAAAUCUUUCCCGGAUUGUUCCCGUUGAUGAUGGCAGCCAUGGCGGAAAUGACAGAAGAUCCCGUCCUCGGCGGGGCCGUGGAGCCGGCGGAGACCGUUACACACGAAACUUCACUCAUAGAAACUUUUGAAAACCCUUUGGAAUUUUUGCAGCAUGUUGAACCGACAGAACCUGCAGCGCCAGAAGAGACGGACGGCACAGAGAAACCAGAGCAGGAGGACAGACAGCAGGCUGAAGAGAGAGACACCGAGGAAGACGGGCAGAAGGACACACUGAGGGACGGAGAGAAAGACAAUCAGCAGGACACACUGGGAGACGGAGAGAAAGACAGACAGCAGGACACACAGAGGGACGGAGAGAAAGACCGACAGCAGGACACACAGGAAGACCGACAGCAGGCUGAAGAGACAAACGGACAACCCGAUGGAAGGCAGGAAGGACAGACGGUUCGUCAACCUGCAGCUGAAUCCUCCAUUAAAGAGUCAAAGUGGGUGAUGGGGUCUCAGUGUCGGGCGGUGUGGUCGGAGGACGGGCGGGUGUACCCGGCGACGGUGCUGUCUGUGGACGGAGAGCGCUGCAGAGUCUUCUUCAACGGCUACGGCAACCAGGAGGACGUGGAUGUGAGCGCGCUCACAAGUCCAGUGGCUGUGGUGCCGCAACCAGCGACACAGAACUCCAAGGACUGGAAACCUGGUUUGGUGUGUCGGGCCGUGUUCUCGGAGGACGGUCUGGUUUAUCCGGCUGUCGUUCUGUGGGUCAAGGGUCAACGCUGCCGCGUUCGCUUCGACAACUACAACAACGAGGAGGAAAAGGACGUCGGCAGCCUGCUGAGACACAACGAGCUCCACGGAUCCGGCAGACCUCCUGCAGCCAAGGGCAGCAACUGGCAGUCCAGUGUAACCAGUAGCAACUCUGACUGGAAGAGCAGGGGAGAUGAGAACCAGGGGGAGCGAGGAGGAGGAGACGGGAAGAGAGAGGCGAGAGGAGGAGAGAGAAGGUCGGCAUGGAAAGAUGAAGAGCAGAACUCGUCCUGGGUGAAAGACAAACAAAGUGAUCAGGGUCACACGCAGAUGGAGGAAGAAGAGAAGAAGAGAGGAAACAAAGCAGAUAAACCGACUUAUCACAGCUCCUCCUUCUUCCCUCCGUUUCCUCCUCCUCCUCCUCUUCAGCCGGGCUCAGCGGACUCUGUGUCCUUCGUCCCUCCUCCUCCUCCUCUCUGGCAGUUCAGUAGCACAGCAGCGGCCGACUCCUCCUCCAGCAUGUUGAUGCUGUGGUACAUGUGUGGCUUCCACACCGGCAGCUACAUGGCUCAGCAGGGGUUCAAGUCCAACUCCAAGGACUGAGCUCAGCCAAUGAAAACCUGUAUGUUGUCACAGUGAUGUCAUCACACCACAAACAUGCCGUUGUGUGGCGAGACAUCAUCCAGGUGCAUUAUGGGAAACGUAGGAUCCAGUGUUUAAGGGACUAAAAGUCCAGAAGAGACGGACUGACAAUGUGUGUUUUGUUUUUUCUGUUUGCAUUGAGCGGCGAUCAGAAUCGAUGAUUCUUCUGUUCUGUGACGGCCGACUCGCUACUUCAUGACUCAUUUAGGAGGAAACUGAAAGGCUGCUCUGAGGAUUUUAAUUUCAAUUUCAAUUGAAUAUAAAUUCUAAAUUAAGCCUGACUGAAAUCUUAAGAAUAUGGUCUUUUUCAGAACAAAGCGGAGGCUUUACUGAGUAAACCUAUGGAAGUCUUUGAUUUCAUGAUGAGAUGUGAAUCUUAUUUAAUUCAUGUUUUCUGCCUCAGAGCCAGAGAUUAUGGGUCCAGAAGCCCCGGGGAGGCCUUUCUUUGCUUUUUGAUAAAGUGCACUUGUAUAAUUUAGUUUAUUUGUUUGACUGAUUUCAUGCUGGAAUAUUUUGAAUGUUCAUCGUACAGAAUCCGUUUGUGUUCAGAAGUUUGAUUCGAGUUUAAGUGUUCAAGACUGUGGAAUUAAAAACGAAAGGUGGACAACUCGUU